AGGCUGGAGGAGCAGGUGGUGUUGGUAGUUAUGCAGCCUUGAAACGUGCAGAUGCAAACUGGGAGCGUGUUCGGACCAUGAAAGAAGGAGAGGAGGCAGGUCCAGCACCACAAAUUGUGACCAGGCAAGAUGGUAAAUGGCAGGAUUCUGGGCUGGCGCCAACAGACUCUCUAGUUUACGAUGCUGUUGUGUGUGGGGGUACCCUAGGCAUCUUCUUUGCGACCGCUCUCGCCUUGAAAGGAAAGAAGGUGGCCAUUGUUGAAAGGCUCCAACUGAGAGGGGACAAUCCCGAAUCGGAAAAGAAGAAGAAGAAGAAGAAGAAGAAGAAGGAACGAAAAGAAUAGGAAGAACCACAAAAGAAACUAAUCACAAAUCACAAGCGUGUUGUGUUCAAAACUUCAAAUUGAAAACAAGCAGGGCAAUAAGCAGGAGGGACAAUUAUGUGAUCAGACAUGGCAUUGCUUAGAAACAAUGAUGAUGUCAAAGCUUCUGUCUUUUUAUGAGAUUUCAGAGUCACAGUCGUUAGAAACCGCACACACAAGUUUGCUUUCUUCCUCAAAAUCGCACAGUUCCAUGAGAUUUCAGAGUCACAGUCGUUAGAAACCGCACACACACCACAGCCUCGUGCAAUAAAUCACGGUAUCGCAG